GCCGCCGCUCACCGCCGCCCUCGCCCUCGCCCGCAGGAGCAGCCGGCCGGCGCGCCGCCACCGGAGGAGGCGGGCGGGGCACCCCCGGAGCAGGGCGCCCCGCCCGCGCCGCCACGCCCACCCGGCCGUCAGCCAGGGGCCAGCCCCGAACCCAGCCCCCGCGGCGCGCGCCUCCGCCGACGCCGCCGCGCAGCGCGGCCGCCGCCUGCUCGACGACAUCUCGCGCUUGCUGCCGGCCGCCCGCCCGGAACGCCCCGGCCCCGCCCCCGCCCGCUCCCCGCCCCACCCCCCCGCCCCCCCCCGCGCCCCGGCGGACACAGCCGGCUCCGCCGCGGCGGCGGCGCGGCCCCUUCUCCCCAACAUCCGGCGCGCUUUCCUCAGGAAGCUUCGACGAGCUCCUCAAGCCCCAGCCCCCUCCACGCCCAGGGGCCCUCCCGGGGCCGCCCGCCGCCGCCCGGCGACCGACCUCAGUGCCUGCCGCAGCCCGAGGCGCUUUCUCGCUCGCGAAGACGUUCCGCGCGCCCGCCCGACCAACCGCGCCCAGCCGUCGACCGAGGCCGCUCCUUCGAUAGUCUGACGAGAGCGCGAACAGCAGGGCGGAAGAGGCGCACCCUCGCGGCGCUACACCAGCCAUUACUUCGACUCCUGUUCGACCCGACUCGCAACGCGAGAACGCCGACCGGGCUUUGCCUCGUCGCCUCCGCUCCUUCCUGUUCCGAGUCACGUGACGUGCCCGAGCGGCCCCCGGUGUCCAGCACUUUGACGUUUCUGGAGCGUUACUCCGGCGUCGAUCGCGACGACAGCUCCAAGCGGGACUUUUCCAAACCUCUGUUCCCUCGCGACGAGGACGCCAAGUCGUCUUCCUACCUCAGCGACCUACUAGACCUUCCCGGAGGCACGGCGGGGCGCUCCCACUCCAAGUACGAAUCCGAAUCGCCCUCCACCACGAUGCCUAGUGGCUACCCGUCGAAGUCGCCAGAACGGCCGUCAGAUGACUUAAGUGACUAUCGGCGACGAUCGUACUCACCCUCCAGGAAACCGCAGGAGGAGAAACGCGACUUGGCCUCUGAAGACGAGUUCGGGCCCUUCAGUCGGUAUUCCUACUCUCCGGGGAAGGCGUCGGCAGAGGCACGCGACCUCGCACCCAGCGACUUCCGAGAGGACCUCGGGGACUUCCGCCAGCGCUCGCCGUCGCGCCGCCCCCCUGCGGCCAGAGCGCACGACGCGGACGCGCGGCUCGCGGCCGAAGACUUCCGAGAGGACAUCGGGGAUUUCCGCCUGCGAUCGCCCUCGCGCCGAACGCCGGCGACGCAACCGCUCGACGCCGACGCCGACGCUCGACUCUCUGCCGAAGGCUUCCGAGAAGACAUCGGAGACUUCCGCCAGCGCUCGCCCUCGCGUCGUCAGCCGGCAACCCAAACGCUUGAGGCGGAGGCGCGACUCUCCACCGAAGGCCUCCGGGAAGACGUCGUAGAUUACCGUCAGCGCUCACCCUCACGCCGCCAGCCCACAACACAAGCUCUGGAUACAGAUUCACGUCUCUCCACUGAAGGCUUUCGGGAAGACAUUGUGGAUUACCGCCAGCGCUCUCCCUCCCGUCGUCAGCCGACAACCCAAGCGCUGGAGGCGGACGCGCGUGUCUCCACUGAGGGCUUCCGGGAAGACAUCGGGGAUUUCCGCCAGCGAUCGCCGGCGCGGCGGGUUCCCACGGACUCGCACGACCUCCCAGCCGAAGAGCAUCGAGAGGAGUUCGGCGAUUUCCGCCGCUCGUACUCGCCUUCACGCCGAGCGCCGACAGAGACGCUCGAGGUCGCGCCGGCGGACGCUGCCGGCGACGCGUUCAGCGAAUUCCGGAGGCGUUCGUAUUCUCCCUCGAGAAAACCCGCCUCCGACACGUUGGACGUGGCCGCCGCUGAAGAAUCCGCCGACACUUUGAGUGAGUUCCGUCGCCAGCCGUACUCCCCCGCCCGAAGAGGCCUGUCCGCUUCAGACAGCUCCGCCGCCUUCGACACGGCAGGCAGGGACUCGGCUGCGUUGAGCGACUUCAGGAGGCAUUCGUACUCUCCAGCGAGGAAAGCAGAGUUGGAUGAACUGACUUUGAGGGACACAUCGGACGCUUUCGGCGAAUUUCAGCGGCACACGUAUUCUCCGGCCCGACGAUCGGCGUCUACGGAAUCUGAAUUCAAAUCCAGAGAGUCUUUCGGCGAGUUCCAGAGGCACAUGUUUUCUCCUUCAAGAAGAGCUCUUUCAGAAACAAGUGAUGUUAAAUCCAGUGAUUCCUCUGACGUUAGAGACUACGACAGGCUCUCGUAUUCUCCCUCACGAAGAGUACCGUCUGAAACGAGUGAUUUGCGGUCGGAAGAUUCGUCAGAUUUCUACCGUAGUUACCAGAAAUCUUAUUCGCCGUCAAGACGAGCGCAGUUCGAGACCACCGGUCUUAAGUCAACCGACAGGUCGGAGUCUUUUGACCAAAGCCUAACGUACUCUCCUUCGAGAAGGCCUGCUUCGGAGGCCUCCGAUGUGAAAGUUACCGACUCCAUUGCACCCUUCGGGGACUACCACCGCAGAUCGUACUCUCCCUCCAAGAGGUCGCCUUCAAACCUGUCCCUCGCGGGAGACCCAGAGGAGACCUUCGCCGAAUACCAGAGGCGCACCCGCUCACCAUCCAGGCGUGCGCGGCCCGAGGUGGCGGAGCUGGGCGCGGGCGACUCGGCCCCGUUCGGGGACUUCCGGCAGCGCCAAGCGGCGCCCGCGCAGAGCAUGGAGGAGUGGCUGGAGGAGCAGAAGCAGCGCGCCGAGCCCGGCCACGAGGACGCGUCGCCCGCGGGCGCCGGCGCCGGCGCCGCCGCUUCGCCCGGGGCCCUCUUCCGGUCGCCGUCCGCGGACUCGGUCGCGGCGGCGGCGCGGCGAGCGGGGGCGGCGGCGGCGGCGGGGGCGGGCCCGAGGCGACGCGCGCGUGGCGGCGAGGCGCCUCGUCGCCCCCGCCUCCACCCGCCACCCCCCUUCCUCCUCCACCGCCCCCACCGCCCACGACCAGCCGCCCCACACAGCGAC